ACCAAUUUCGUCUGGAGAUUUGCGUCGCGACUGUGAAUAGUAAUUAAAAUUAAUGAAUUUGAAAAAAAAAUUAAAUUAAAAAAAAAUCUCUAUUUCUAUUUGAUAUUUUACUUUUUUGAGGUGAUAUAUGAGAGAGAGAGGGCGAAGUUCUUGUAGUUGAAGGAGUUUGGCCAGUUUUUUUGUUUCAAUAGUGGGAAGAAGUUAGAGAGGAGUUUCUUGAUAAUACCGUAGUAGGGCUGGGAGGGAGUUUUAGCUUUGUCAUGUUGUAAAUUGGCAAAAAAUCGGAGCCAUAUAUAUCUAAUCUCUUUCCAACACUCAGUUUAAUUUGGUCUAUCACGAAAAUUUAAGAGAAUUGUAUUUUUAUCGCCAUAUCUGAGUAAGUAGGUGUGUAUGUCUACGUGCAUCUGAUCCGAUUCUCUUCUUAUUGGGGUGCUUUUUCGUCAAGUGUUGCAGAAGAAGAAGAGGUAGGAGAGGUAGUAGUAGCGGAGACGAAGAGAGUUUUGGUUGCAGAGAUUUUAUGUCGGCAAGUUCUGAUUUGAGUGCUGUGUUUGGGGCUCCGUCGAACAUCUCUCUUUCAUCAGUUUCGUCUUCUGCUGCUUCUUCUUCUUCUUCUUGUGGUGAUCACUGCGUGCGAAAAUCCCUCUGCUGUGCACUUCAGCAGAGCACCCGCUGGUUCUUCCCAACCGUUUCGAUGCGUUUGAGGCUCAAGAGGACUUGUUCUGGAGUCGAGUGUUUUGGGGGUUAUCACAUAAACCGGCUAUUGAAUCUCUACCUUUUGCUGAGAGGUCCUCGUACCUGACUGAGAUUACAUUCCUUUCCAAACCUCCGAUUUACCUUUAAACAUUUUUGUUCACUGAUUUUUGUUUUCGAGACUUUGAGUUGAGUUUUGCCAUUCCAUUUUGUGGGUAUUCUUUUUGAGGGGUUUUUCAUAGUAGUUUAAGAGUGAGAAAGAGAAGAGAGAGAGAGAGAGGGAACAUGCUGGAGACUCAGAAACAACCCAUUCCUUCGAGAAAACCAAGAAUGAAGCCCGAACCCGUUAGGCCCAUGAGAAAAGUGCGAUUCAUUUGUGACGACCCUGAAGCCACCGACUCUUCCGACGACGAGGGACUCGCUGUAAUGAAGAAGACAACCCUGAAGCGCGUGAUUCACGAGGUUUGUUUCCCAAUAGGAGGAAAUGGAGGAGAAGAAUCAGAGGGUUCCAACUGUAGCGAGAAGAAGAGGAAGAAGAUGUGUCCGCCAUUGAUGGAGAGCAAGCUCAGCUCCGUCACCGGAAAGUACCGCGGCGUUCGCCAGCGGAAAUGGGGGAAAUGGGCCGCGGAGAUACGCGAUCCCAUCAAGCAUAAACGUGUCUGGUUGGGCACUUACAGCACCGCCGAGGAAGCUUCCAGAGCUUACGAAAUGAAACGGUCUGAAUUCGAGGCUUUGGCUCUGGCCAACAACCUCGACUCUUCUUUAUCCGACAACAAGACCGUUUGUUCUAACGUUGUUUCUAAGGAUGUCUCUGAGAACUCCAGCACCACCGCGACGUCAUUCGAUUCGCCGACCUCUGUUCAUGGAGCUGACAAUGACAAGGUUUCCUGUGCUGCCCACCACACUGCUGACUCCGACGACGAGGACGACUUAAUCGCGCUCGGCCGAAUCGGGGGAGAACUCGACUUGGAUUUCCAGCUCGACUCCCUCAUGAUCGACACCGAAUUCGACAUCCCUUUCGAUGAUUUCGAGGAUCUUCCGAUAUGCGGGCUGGAAGAUGCCGACCAUCCGGGUUCCCUGCCGGAUUUCAAUUUUGACUUCGAUGCCUGCAUCGAUGCCCUCGGUUGGACCGACGAUGCGCCAGCGACGGCGGCAAUGAUGAAUGGAGCACCCCUCAAUAUAGCAUGCCCAUAAGUUUUGCAGCUAGUUCGUAAGAAUCAUUACAACUAUGUACUUUGGUUACUUAUGUUAGAGACAAUGAGUUUGGUUGAUCGAUCGAUCUCGACUGUGUUUAUCUGUGUGUGUCGGAUUUUAAGAGCUUGAAGUGUCUUAUUGGGUUUUCUUGUGCUGUUGGAGCCGUCCAAGGAGGCUUCAAGCUUUGUAUGGCUUGCUUAAAUUGUUUCUUCGUGUGCAUUUUCAAGAAAGAGAUUCUUGGUCUGUGCAUUUUCGAUUUGGAUUCUCAUGUUGGGUAAAUUAUGGAUGGUCUUUUGUUUUGUUU